GAAGUGGGGACCCUGGGCCCAUUCCUCCCUGCGCUCCCGGCUGAGCCGAAGCUGCGGGGGCAGGCCAGGCUUGCUGUCACCUCCCUGGGCUCUAAGAUUUCACAGUGCUGACACACAGAGUUAACUGGGUGGAUUCUCCUCCCGGCACCAGAAAGUGGACUGUCUGGUCUCCAUGAAAGAUGCUGUGAUUUUGAAACCAGGUCACCUGGUGCCUGUGGCUACCCCAGCCCUCUCGGGAUUCGGCAGACAGUGGAGGUGGUGGUGAAGGAGACAGUGGUGGUCAAUGUUAUUUGAGCAGGGUCAACAGACCCUGGAACUUCCUGAGUGCACGAUGCAGAAGGCUGCUUACUAUGAAAACCCAGGACUCUUCGGAGGCUACGGCUACAGCAAAGCCACUGACACUUAUGGCUACGGCACUCCCCAUCAGCCUUACCCACCCCCUGCCGCUGCCAACUCCCUGGACACUGAUUACACGGGCUCCGCCUGUUCCAUCCAGAGUUCCGCACCUCUGAGAGCCCCAGCCCACAAAGGAGCUGAACUUAACGGCAGCUGUAUGCGUCCUGGCACUGGGAACAGCCAGGGUGGGGGGGGUGGCAGCCAGCCUCCCGGCCUGAACUCAGAGCAGCAGCCACCACAACCCCCUCCUCCACCACCAACCCUGCCCCCAUCCUCGCCCACCAAUCCCGGAGGUGGAGCGCCUGCCAAGAAGGCCAAGGGUGGGCCCAAUGCUUCUGGCUCUUCAGCCACCAUCAGCAAGCAGAUCUUCCCCUGGAUGAAAGAGUCCCGACAGAACUCCAAGCAGAAGAACGGCUGUGCCGCUGCAGGAGAGAGCUGCGAGGAUAAGAGCCCGCCGGGCCCAGCGUCCAAGCGGGUGCGCACGGCCUACACGAGUGCGCAGCUGGUGGAGUUGGAGAAGGAAUUCCACUUCAACCGCUACUUGUGCCGGCCACGGCGCGUGGAGAUGGCCAACCUGCUGAACCUCACCGAGCGCCAGAUCAAGAUCUGGUUCCAGAACCGGCGCAUGAAGUACAAGAAGGACCAGAAGGCCAAGGGCAUCCUGCACUCGCCAGCCGGUCAGUCCCCGGAGCGCAGCCCGCCUCUGGGCAGCGCCGCCGGCCACGUGGCCUACUCGGGCCAGCUGCCGCCCGUGCCCGGCCUGGCCUACGACGCGCCCUCGCCACCCGCCUUCGCCAAAUCUCAGCCCAACAUGUACGGCCUGGCCGCCUACACGGCGCCGCUCAGCAGCUGCCUGCCACAGCAGAAGCGCUACGCGGCGCCCGAGUUCGAGCCCCACCCUAUGGCCAGCAACGGCGGCGGCUUCGCCAGCGCCAACCUGCAGGGCAGCCCGGUGUACGUGGGGGGCAAUUUCGUCGACUCCAUGGCGCCCGCGUCCGGGCCCGUCUUCAACCUGGGCCACCUCUCGCAUCCGUCUUCGGCCAGCGUGGACUACAGCUGCGCCGCGCAGAUUCCCGGCAACCACCACCAUGGACCGUGCGACCCUCAUCCCACCUACACAGAUCUCUCGGCCCACCACUCGUCUCAGGGACGCCUGCCCGAGGCCCCCAAACUGACGCAUCUGUAGCGGCCGCCACCGGCCCGAACUCGCGGCGCAAUUACCUCUCUUGCUUUGGUGGCGGGGGUGGCGGGCGGGGCCCGCGGGGCAGCUCUGUGACCCCCCCCCCCCCCUCGCUCUGGCCCGGUUGCCGCCUCCUGGGUCUCGGGCCAACAGCGGCCGAGGCGCAGGCGACUGGGCCUCCCCUCCAGGAGCUCCCUCCUUUGGGUGACUCGCCAUAAAUCAGCCGCAAGGAUUGUCCUCUGUAACCCUGACAGUGCCAUAUACUGCGGACCGAGGGACUCUAAUCUGGUAAUGGUGUCCCGAAGGUAAGUCUGAGAUCCACCGGCGGCGCGCUCUGCAGAGGGACCAGAGCCCGGACAGCCCCGGGCCUGGCCCGCGUCUAGCUUAGUUGCGGAGACCUUAAUUUAUAUGCUCCUUUCCGUCCCGUAAGGAUUGCAUCGGACUCAACGACAGUAUUUAUUAUUUGAAGCGAGUCAUUUCGUUUCCCUGAUUAUUUAUCCUCGUCUUAAUGUAUUUAUGUGUAUAUUUGUAGAAUUCUCCAGCCGAGCUUAGGAACGCGCUCCCAGGCCGCGGGGGCCACGUCUCACCUCUUUAGUCCCCUUGCUCUGAACUAGUUGAGAGAGUAGUUUUGAACAGUUGUAACCGUGGCUGGUGUUUGUAGUUGUAAAGGAUUAAGACCGCAAAUUGUCCUUCAUGGGUAUAGAGUCAGGCGGCCCCGUGGCGUGGCACGACACCCGUUACUCAUUUCUCAACAGCCGCAGCCCUCACCACUCGACACAGUUUAUUGAUUUCAAAUUGUCUGGUACUAUUUGAACAAAUAUUUAGAAUAAAAAAAAAUUUCUCAGUCGGAA